AUGUCUCCAAUAAGAAAUCAAAAUGGGAAUGAGAAUCCUCUUAGGAGUUCUGGCAGAGUUGAUGGCAACGGGGUAGAAAAUGCUGUGAAUUAUGAGCAACUCUUGGUGAAAGUCAACGCAACCCUUACGAUCGAGGGUACGCGGGACACGUUUGUCUCUUUUCAGUUUAAAAUGAGCCGCCAGUAUGACUCUGUUAUAUAUGUUAAGGAGUUCAGGGAUUGGUUUAUUCGUGCUUUCUCAGUUGGUUGCAGCGAUGGCUUUGAUGCUGAGGAUGUUACCCAACUCUUGAAAAUGGACAAGGUACCAGGAUCAGAUUCGAUCGGCGGUAUUUUUGGUGUUAAAGUUGAAGAAGCUAUCCGGCUGAAAUUUGCGCAUGACAAAAGCCUCUGGAUGAACAAAUAUAGAGGUUUAAAUUUGCUCGUUGCAUUGAACAGCACUUACAAUGAUCUUAUUAAUUCCGUUGACAUAGUUCCUACCUGGGUUGAGAUGUCCAAGACCACUUUUGUUCAAUCGAUUGGCAAGAUGAGACAUUUAAUUAAAACUUUUAGGUCCAUCUGUCCGGAUUACUUUCAGAAUGAUGCAUUCCUGUUGCUUGCGCAGAUGUAUUCGACUGGAAAGGAGAAUUUUGACGAAUUCAAGUCUGCGCUUGAUCUUGCCACGGCGAAGAAAAAUAUCAUGUGGUAUGAAGGUACGGAUCUAAUUUGCGAGAUCUAUGAAAAUAUGGUGAAUGCAGAGAGUAAUGCUAAAGAAUUUAUUAACAGCUUUCGUGUCACUCCCGAUAGGAAAAGAGACAGGAAUGAUGAUCAAGAAAAGCAGGCUCGCAUAGGUGCAGUUGUGAACCGAAUAAAUGUACAACUUAAUUACUGUGUCACUUUGCAAACUCCUGCUAAUAUUGAAAAUGAUAAGAGGAACGGCGGUACCGCUGAGAAGGGUGCUGUUUUCAUCUUGAGUGAAGAUUUGAUAUGUCAUGCAGGAUACUAG